AUAAUGUAGCUGUUACCCAGAUCGACUCUCAACUCAUCAGUACUCAGCGAGCCUCCCAUCACGACAGUACGUACGAGAUCAUAGUACGAGUAAUUGUCUCAUCAAGCACCCAAGGACAAAGUGAUAAUGAGGCUUAAUACUAUCAUACCAAAUUUUAAGGCCGAUACCACGCAAGGCCCCAUCAAUUUUUACGAAUGGCAGAGCAAUUCAUGGGUGGUUCUGUUUUCCCACCCUGCAGACUUUACCCCCGUGUGCACCACAGAAUUAGGUCGCAUCGCGGUGCAUCAACCGCAUUUCGAAAAGCGCAAUACCAAAUUGUUGGCUCAUUCCGUCGACAAGCUCAAGGACCACGUGGACUGGGUUAAUGAUAUUAAGUCGUACUGUAAGGACAUUCCUGGCGCUUUUCCGUAUCCCAUAAUCGCCGAUCCUGAUCGCAAGCUCGCUGUGCAGCUGGAUAUGAUCGACGAGCAGGAUAAGGAUGAUCCGGAAACUGCUCAGACCGUUCGGUCUCUGUAUAUCAUCAGUCCUGAUCACCGUCUGCGGCUUUCCAUGCAAUAUCCAACCUCCACUGGACGCAACGUCGAUGAAAUAUUGCGUGUGAUCGAUUCGUUGCAGCUCGUCGACAGAAGACCGGAAAUAGCAACUCCUGCCAACUGGGUGCCUGGUGAAAAAGUAAUGAUCCUGCCGACAGUAAAGGAGGAAGAUCUCCCAAAGCUUUUCCCAGAAGGAGUUGAUCGUGUGUCUAUGCCGUCUGGAAAGGUCUACGUCCGCACUACUACUAAUUACUGAUUAUAAAAACAUUUUAUCCACGCUACAUCCCAGAUGUUAAAUAUACUUAAAUUUUUGAUUUAUAUUCCAAUCGUAUAUAUUUCAUAUAUACGGAAUAGCAGAAGAGAAUAUAUUAUAAUAGUAUAUUAUAAAUUUUCAAUAUUACUAGCAAAUUUUAAAACGCAAUCUAUAUUAUAUGAAUAUUUUUUGUAUGUAAAAUCGCGAGCAAUAUCUAUACAUUAUCGCCAGACGCAAGAAUUGUAUCUUUUGCAAAUAGAAACCAUGCAGGAUGAAAUAAAAAGCAUAUCAUCUCCGAUAGAACAACUUUUAUUAAAUUGUAUAAGAAAAUUAGAAAAAUUAUAAUGUGCAAUUAUGUAGAUACAUUUACAAAACUAGAUGUAUAAUCAUUGACCUUUUAUAAAUAUUAAUAACUUAUUCAAAUAAUAUGAUAAAUCAUCCCUAUAGUGAUAUAUUUGCAAAAUUGAAUUUGGAAAAAAAUUGUUCAAUAAAAAAAUAUUUUAGCUGCA